AUGUCAGACGCAGACGUGUAUACCAGCUCCCGUAUCACCACCAAGGACUUAAAGGAGAAGGAGGAAGUUGUGGAGGAAGCGGAGAACGGAAGAAAUGCACCUGCUAAUGGGAACGCUAACAAAGAAAAUGGGGAACAGGAGGCUGACAAUGAGGUGGAUGAAGAAGAGGAAGAAGGUGGGGAGGAAGAGGAACAGGAGGUAGAAAGAGAUGGUGAGGAAGAGGGUGGAGAUGAAGAUGAGGAGGCUGAGGCCGCUACGGGCAAGUGGGCAGCUGAAGAUGAGGAGGAGGAGGAUGUGGACACCGAGAAGCAAUAG